AUGACCUGGAAGGAUGUUAUGUCAGCAUCUGCCAUAGACAGUCUGGCCGUUCGCAGACGAAAACAUAAUGUAUGCCCUGCUGCUGUCGACUUUGCGAGUGCCACUAGCAAAUGUAUCAAAUCACCGCUCAACACGGGUGUCCUCUUAUGCAAAGAACUUCAAGAAGACACCAAAACCUGCCAGGCAAAAGGAAGGACUGUCUUGAUCUCGAUGGGCGGCGGUAAUUCCCCCUCACCAAAUUGGGUGGAUGCCGCAGACGCUGAGAAGUCUGCGCAGCUCAUAUGGGACAUGUUUGGACCCGUCACUUCCAGCAAAGUUGAUCGGCCUUUCGGCACAUCUGUCGUUAACGGAUUUGACCUUGACUUUGACACCGGCCAACCAUCUUUCUGCUUUUGCUGA